AGUGACCAGACCAUUCGCUGCUACAGUCUCAGGACACGAGAACUUGAGCAGCAGUUCUCUCUGUCAGACCGAGUCCUCUGCCUCCACAGUCGCUGGAAGAUUUUAUACGCUGGUCUGGCAAACGGCACAGUGGUGACCUUUAACCUCAAGACCAACAAGCAGAUGGAUGUGUUUGAGUGCCACGGGCCGCGGCCUGUGAGCUGUCUGGCUUCAUCACAGGAGGGAGCCCGGAGGAUCCUGCUGGUUGGCUCCUACGAUAGCACCAUCAGCGUGAGAGAUGCCAAGAACGGACUGUUGCUGCGUACACUGGAGGGGCACACCAAAACUGUACUCUGCAUGAAGGUGGUCAAUGACCUUGUAUUUAGUGGAUCCAGUGAUCAGUGUGUUUACGCACACAACAUCCAUACAGGAGAGCUGGUGCGGGUCUACAAGGGCCACAGUCAUGCUGUUACUGUAGUGGCCGUCCUGGGGAAGGUGAUGGUGACUGCUUGUCUGGACAAACUUGUCCGCGUCUACGAUCUACAGUCUCAUGAUCAGCUGCAGGUUUAUGGUGGACACAAGGACAUGGUGAUGUGUAUGGCUAUCCACAAGAACAUGAUCUACACAGGCUGUUACGAUGGCAGCGUGCAGGUCAACAAGCUGAACCUGAUGCAGAACUACCGCUGCUGGUGGCACGGCUGUUCGCUGGUGUUCGGGAUGAUGGAGCAUCUGCAGCAGCACCUGAUGAAUGACCACACCAGUGCCAACUCCCAGACGCUUAAGUGCCGCUGGAAAAAUUGUGAAGAGUUUUUCUGUGCACGCAACAACUCCAAGCAGGGGAUGCUGAUGCACAUGCAGAAACACGCUGAGGAGGAGAAUGAAUUGGAGCCUUAAGGACUGGUGGUGGGAACUUUGUUUCUCCGAGCCCUCUACCCUUACCUGCUAUCUUUACCCUCUUAACCUCCCAUAUUGGGGGGGAUGUUCUUGGGACCCACUAAACCUGUCAAGCCUGAUGAGUGGCGUCUGACGACUCCAUCCUUUAUGUUCGGUGUUGGAAUCCAACCAAAAUACAAUCAUGAAAGGAGGGUUGGUUGCGCUGUUGUUGUCUUUUUUAUGUUCUACAAAACACGCCUUCCUCUCUCUCUCUGUCUGACCACUGCAGUUCCUCUUUUCACUGACCAAAGUUAAGAGAAAGAAACACAUGACUUUUUUUAUUGAAGAAACUUCAGCGUUGCCAGUAUCAGAGGGACUUGUUAUGCUUUUCUGUUGAAACAGAGACAGAAACUUCCAGAUUUGUUAGCUACAAUAUGGCAUGGGUUAAGAGAUGUUUUUAUUGUUGUUGUGCAGUUAUGUGUCAAGUUCGAGCAACAGAGUUAUUUUCCGUUUGUUUUGUUUAAUUAUGUUGCCAUAAUUCACUCAAAGUAACCUUAUGUUUAAGAUAAUAAUGAGUGAUUUUAAAGUUUUCAGAAAUUCAUGGUGUAGUCUCACAGGUCGUGUUUUAAUUAAACGGUGUGAGUAUUUGUUUUGAAGACGUUUUUUUCAUUUUCAGUUUUGUUUUCAGAAAAAUCCAGUUGCUAACAAUCUCUCUUUGUUUUGUUAGCAGUUUAGGAUUACAUUUAUUUUUGUUGCUCAGUGAUAUUAAAGUGUUGAGGGAAUUUGGUGCAGUGUUUUGUGACUUGGCCUGAGGUUUCCAUUUGAGAAUUUAUAUUUGCAGUGAGAACAGAACCAAGACAGGGUGGUAGUGUGUGUUCCUACAUGUGUUUAUCUGUGUAGGUUUAUUCUCCCUAAGCGUUGAGUGUUUUAACUCCGUUUGGCGAACCCUGGGUGAGUGUGAAGUACUGUUUUUAUGACACAAUUUUCUCCUUGGAGAUAUUGAUUUUGCAAAUUUAUUUUAUAUUUGGAGCAUCGAGCAGAAGGCGCUGGAGCUGUAUUUUCCACAGUGAAGAUAGUUUUCUAAUGAAGCGUGGAGGUGAAGGAUGGUUCGAGGAGGUGUUCGAGGGAAGAGCAUGAAGGGAAAUAUUAGGAUUCAUCUCCCAUGCCAUACCUCACCGCCUAAAAACUGCCAAGUUUGUAACACGAAGCCAUUUUUUAAAGGCAAAUUAAACCAGUUUUAAGUAGUAUGAAAGUCCAGCUGAUGCUCUCUUUGGAAUAGUUUGUUGUGGUUACAGCGCUCUUGUUUGUGUCCUCUAUUUUUGAGGAUUAGUUGUCAGCCGAGUUAAUCCGACGUUCUCACAACCCCCAUCUUCCAAACUUGCCUCAUACGCUCAUUUUUUAUGACUGAGGAAAGCAUGCAGUUCACCUCUUACCUGGCAUUCCUGAGUUUCUUCAAGUUUUUCAGUUAUCAAAGUUGUGAAGAGAUAUUUUUUAAGAAAGUGCAAUGUAAUACAUUGUUAAUAAUAAAAAAAUGUUGCAAUAUGAUAAAA